UUCUCUCUCCCUCUCUAGGAGUCGCAGCAUGUGACCUCGGGCUACAACACCCAGAAGCGAUGUACUGUAUCAGCUAACAAGCCUGCUACGAAACCUCCAACUGCACCACAGAAGUCAAUGCUGGAGGAUGACCUGAAGAUCAGCAGCGACGAGGAGGAGGCCGAACAGCAGGUGUCUGACAAGCCCAAAGCCAGAGGCACAGCCAUAAGUGCGGCGUCGGGGAGCAGCAGCGAAUCAGAGAGCAGCUCGGAGUCGGACACAGACGAAUCGGAGAGCAGCUCCAGUGACAGCGAUUACAAUCAGGCCUCGCGCACACACACUCCAGAGCCCGAGCCCUCCGCCAACAAGUGGCAGUUAGACAGCUGGUUGAAUAAAGUCCAAGCUCAAACCAAACCCCUGCUUCCCCUUCAGCAAGAACAUGCCACAGCCGCCAUCCCCCAGCGUACUUCUCCAGGGAGAGAAGCACCAGGAGUGGGUACAUCUGUCAAGACUAAGCCCUGUGGAUCCACCAGCACCCCUGCUCCUGCUCCUGCUGCACCCACGCUCGAACGCAAAGAACCCAGAGGAGCCUUAUGCCCGGGCAGAGAGAAAGCCAAGGCCAAGCUGAGCCAGAAGGCCUCCGGGGAGGGUCAGAGGUCAAAGAUGAGGAUGUCACCAGGCCUGUUGUCAGGGCCGGAGGUCACGACCCCGAGGAGGAUCACCACAGGGAAGAAACAGCCCAGACGGACGGAGAGGUCAAACAGUGUGGAGGAGAAUCAGAGCCAGACGUGGAGCAGAACAAACCAGCAGAGCCCUGCAGCGAGGGAGAGGGAGAAGGACCUGUUGCCUCUUCCCUCCCUCGAGCUUCAAAACCCCCCGAGGCCACGCAGCAAACCCCCCAGUGGGAAAACAGCCCCCAGGAAAGAGCCUCGCAGUGCUACCAACACAAACAACAACACAGCGACUACACCAGCCGCACUCCAGCAAACCCCCACACCAAUUCCUGCUGUCAGUGUAAACCAGCAGGACAAGAAGAAACACAGAGGCCCAAGCUCCAAAAUCACCCCAAAGUCCCGAGAGUUCAUCGAAACAGAUUCCUCGUCCUCAGAAUGCCACUCGGAUUCGGAUGAGGCGAUCAAAGUCCCCGCUCUGCCUCCUCAGACUGCGCGCUCUGCCAUCAGCACACACACUCUGUCCAGCGCGCACACACACACUCCUCUCCUCCCGUGCCUCACUUCUGCCGGCAGUAUGGGACCCUCGGGGGGGAAGGGGCUCCAGGUCAAAGACAGUAGCAGCGUGAUAGCUAACAGUAGCAGCAGUAACGGUAGCAUCGGGGCUUGUGGGAACACCCUGAGCGUUAGCAACAUUAGCGGCUCAUUUGGCCCCUCUGUACCUGAUCCUGGGGGGUCAGGGGUCCCAUGCAAAGAGUCCAUGUCUCCCCCGUCCAACAUCGGAAACGAGGCGCCCCUGUCUCCGCUCAGGGAAUACCAAGAAGUCCAGAGUUUAUGGGUGAAAAUUGACCUAAGCUUUCUCAGCAGGGUGCCUGGCCAGGGUCCGGGGGACAGAGCCAAAGUAGAGAGGGACGGAAGUGAGAGACAGGGGGAGAGGACAGAGAGACAGAAGCAGGCAGAGAGAGAGAGGCAGAAGCUGCCUAAAGCUGAGAAACAGGAAGAGGAGAAUGAGCGAUUAGCGCAGGACAGAGAGAGGCAGAUGGACAGAGAGGACAGGGGGGAGAAGGUGUGCCAAGGUCUGGGGGUCCUGGAUACCCCCCCUGUGCUGGAGCAGAGUAAUCCCAGGCUGGCAGGCAGGACGGAGAGAGCAGAGAGCGGAGGCAAACACAGGGUGCCGGCAGCAGGAACCAUGGUGGUCCCCGCAGAGAAACACACCAGCAAGAGCAAGAGGAAACAUAAGACAGAGCACAGCGAGGCAUCAGUCAACGGCAAUAAGAAGCUGCGGUUGGACAAAGACUGUCUGCUCCUCCCACCAUGCAUCUCUCCAAUACACAACCACAAGAACAGCACCACAAACAGCUCAUUAAACAGGAAGCAGUCUCGGCGGCGCGACGACAAGCUGCUCCCCCCCCUCCUGUCCCCGCUCUCUGACGGCCCCCCUCGGAAACGAACGUGUGACAGCAGUUCCUCUCUCAGCCAGGAGGGCGCUGCCACGCUGCCCUGCUCCUCCUCUUCCUCCUCCUCUUCCUCACACAGACACAGGAGAGGGGAAGAAAAGGCGUCAUCAAAUGCGAGGAACGGCAGCGAAGUUGAUACCCGCAAUGAGAAGUCCAGUGGAGACAGUUACCAUGCCAACGGACCGUCAGACUCGGAGGUGUGGUCGGAAGCUUGCCGACCCAGACUGUCAUUCAGCGACACAGUCCACAGUGCUGACUACUACAUGCAGGAGGCCAAGAGACUGAAGCACAAGGCCGAUGCUCUGAUGGAUAAGUUUGGUAAAGCGGUGAACUACGCAGACGGCGCGCUCUCCUUCAUUGAUUGUGGAAACGCAAUGGAGCGAGAUCCACUGGAGGCUAAAUCUCCGUACACCAUGUACUCUGAGACCGUGGAGCUGAUCAGGUACGCCAUGAGGCUCAAGAACUUCGCCAGCCACUCAGCCACCGUCGCUGAGAAGAAGCUCGCCGUGUUGUGUAACCGCUGUCUGUCUCUGCUGUAUCUGAGGAUGUUCCAUCUGAAGAAAGACCACGCUGUCAAGUACUCACGGUCGCUCAUGGAGUACUUCAAGAAUUCAGCCAAGUCUUCUCACCAAGCACCCUCUCCCUGGAGGACUAAUGGCAAGUAA